GUUAUCGUAUUAUUCUGCCAAUUCAAUUGUGCAACGUGUUUGAGCAUCGCAAAGAACAAAAGACUUAACUUAAAAUGAAGGUAGAGGCACUGGAUAAAUUCUGGACUGACAAGAGUCGCUAUGAUGUUGCCGAAAAGCGUUUCUACGAGGGCCCCCAGAAGGUAACUGAUCGCAGCCACUACAGCCCUUUAGUAAGCGAAAUCGCAAAGGCUAGGGAACACAUACAGAACUCGCUGGAAAAGAUUGAUGGAGUUACCUUGGACGAUGGCUCAAAGUCCGAGCUUGCCAGCCGACUGUCUCAAUUGGAAAGUGACAACAAGGAGUUGAAAGCCGAGGUUUCCACUUUGAACCAACUGUUAGAUGCUAUAGUAAAACGCUUAGACAAUUUGAACUUGACCAACGGAGAGUCCAAGAAGCCCGUAGCGGAACCGAAGAAAGCGGAAGCAAACAACAAAGACGACGACGAUGAUGUCGAUCUUUUCGGUUCGGAAAGCGAAGAGGAGGAGGAGGAGGCAGCCCGCAUAAGGGAGGAAAGACUGGCCGCUUAUGCCGCCAAGAAGGCCAAGAAAGUUCAAAUUAUUGCCAAGUCAAACAUCAUCCUGGAUGUGAAGCCCUGGGACGAUGAAACCGAUCUUAAAGUCAUGGAGACCGAAAUCCGCAAGAUAACACAGGACGGUCUACUGUGGGGAGCUUCCAAAUUUGUCCCAGUUGCCUUCGGCAUCCAGAAACUCAGCAUCUCAUGCGUGGUUGAGGACGAUAAGGUUUCCAUCGACUGGCUGACUGAGGAGAUCGAAAAACUGGAGGACUUUGUCCAAAGUGUUGACAUUGCUGCAUUCAACAAAAUCUAAAGAGUAUACGUAUAUUUUUUUAAUUCAGAUUCGGAUUUACCUCAUUACAAAUGUUUUUGGGAGUCAUUUAAAUAAAUAUUUUGAUAAAACAUGGA